AUGGCCGAAUCCUCCAUCAACGUGUGCGUCCGCAUUCGCCCCUUCAGUCAGAAGGAGGCGUCACAGCUUGCUCCCAAUGAGGACCACACACCCUUCCUCGGCGACGGCGGUCUCGCUGGUGGCAUCUCUCCCAACAAGAUCAUGCCUCCAUCCACAGCAGCCACCUCCACGCUCAAAACACGCUUCGUCCGCCCCAUCGUCAAACCAAUGGACCAAAAGGUGCUCGUCUUUGACCCGCCCGACACCAAUCCGCUGACGCGCCUCCUCAACUCCAAUCCCCUCGCACACGGCAACAGGCGCAACAAGGACGUCCGCUACGCCUUCGACCGCGUCUUUGACUCCACCGCUUCCCAGACCGACGUUUUUGCAGAAACCUGCAAGCCUCUCCUCGACGGCAUCCUCAACGGCUACAACGCCAGCGUCUUUGCCUACGGCGCCACCGGCUGCGGAAAGACACACACCAUCAGCGGAACCCCGCAAGACCCCGGCCUCAUCUUCCUCACCAUGAAGGAGCUCUACAACCGCAUCCAGGACGCGCGCGACGACUCGGACGUCCACAUCCGUCUCUCCUACCUCGAGAUCUACAACGAGACCAUCCGCGACCUCCUCAGCGCAGAACCCACCCCUCCGGGCAGCGGCCUCGCCCUGCGCGAAGACGCCAACAACCGCAUCUCCGUCGUCGGCAUCACAGAGCUCGUCCCCGAAAGCCCAGAGAGCGUGCUCGAAUACAUCCAGGAAGGCAACCUCCGCCGCACCAUGAGCCCCACCGAGGCCAACGCCGUCAGCUCCCGCUCCCACGCCGUCCUCCAGAUCAACGUCACCCAGAAACCGCGCACCGCCAGCAUGACCGAACAGACCACCUCCGCCUCGCUCAACAUCAUCGACCUCGCCGGCUCCGAGCGCGCCUCGGCCACCCGCAACAACGGCGCACGCAUGAAGGAGGGCGCCAACAUCAACAAGUCGCUCCUCGCCCUCGGCAACUGCAUCAACGCCCUCUGCCAGUCCGGAGGCGUCCGCAAGCACGUCCCCUAUCGCAACUCCAAGCUCACCCGUCUGCUCAAGUUUUCGCUCGGCGGCAACUGCAAGACCGUCAUGGUCGUCUGCAUCAGUCCCUCGAGCGCACACUACGAAGAGACGCACAACGCGCUCAAGUACGCCAACCAGGCCAAAAACAUCCGCACCAAGGUCAGCCGCAACAUGAUCAACGUAGACCGCCACGUCGCACAGUACGUACAGGCCAUUCACGAGCUCAAAGAAGAAAACGAGCGGCUGCGCGCAAAGCUCCAAGAGCGCGGCUCGCUCGAGUCCGCCGCCGAGAAGCGCAAACGCGCAGAGAUGGGCCGCGAGGUCGACGACGCCAAGAAGCGCAUGCGCGAGAGCACCGACAGCGUCACGCGCCUCGUCACGGACAAGGCGGCGCUCGAGGCCAUCACCACCGCGUCCGAGACCAGGCUCGCCGAGCUGCGCAAGCGUCUCGGCGUCGUCGAGGCCGAUCUGGCCCACUUCAGCGCCCGCGGAGAGGUGCUGCCUUCGGACCUCGAAGGCGAGCGCGAUGUGCUCCGCAAGAUGGUCGCUGCCGAGGAACGCACGCUUCAUGACGAGACCACAGCGGCCGGCGUGCGCAGCCUGCUCAACAGCCUCCAGAUGCAGCGCGGCAUCAUCGUCGCCGCAUCGCACAACCAAAAGUUCGACGCGGAGGCUUCCGAGACCAUCCAGACGCUCGGCAACGCCAUGCUCGCCGAGGUCGAGGCGCAACAGGCCAAGGUCAAGCUCGCAGGCAUGCUCGACGUGCUGCGACGCACCACGGCCGAGGCGACGCAGCUCGUCGCGGUCGCCACGCGCAGCACCAUUGCUCUUCGCGAGGUGGCCGGCGAGCUCGAAUACCGCGCCACGCAUGCAGCCAAAGACAACCCCGAGGAGCUGUCGUCGACGCUGGCGCUGCUCGCGUCGCAGCUGCGCAGCAUUGCGGGCGAGAACGACAAGGCCUUUGAGACCGUGUGCGGCGCCACGCUUGCGGCGGUUGUACCUCUGCCCGCGGUCGCGGCGGCUGCAGGUGCGCCUGUGAAACAAGCCAGACCCGCACUUGGCUCGACACUGCGCCGGUCGCGUACUUCCUUAGCGCUCGCGCCGGCGAAUGCAGCCGCAAGCACGUCGCACAGCACGAACCGAGCGGCGUCCUCGUCGGCGACGAGCGGAUUCGGCCGCGCGGUGACGGCUUCGUCACGCCGCGCAUCCCUAGCACCUGCCUUGCCACGCUCCACGAGCAUGCACGCCGGUAGCUCUCCCGCCGCUGCCGUGCCCACCGCGAGCGCGUCAGCAGCGUCCACGCGACCCGGAUUCGCGGCGCCCACGUCGUCAUCUUCGGCGCGCUCGCACGCAGGCGCAGGCGCAGGUAGUCCUGGCCGCGCGCCCCCCGUGCGCCGGGCGAGUGCUGCCGCGCGCCGCCUGAGCACCGCGCGACCGGCACGCACGGUGUCUGGGCCCGCGCCGACGGCGCCCGUCGAGGAGAAGAAGAAGUUCCGCUGGGCCGACGAAGCGGGCGAAGGCGCGAUCGACGAUCAAGGCCUGGGCCGCGCUGUCGACGCGCAGGCCGAGAGCGGCGCGAGCAGCAGCAGCGGUGCCGAGUGGGAGGACCUGUCCGAUGGCCGUACCACGCCCGCAACUGCACCGGAGCCCUCAGCCCCAGCACCCGCCAAGCCUGCUGCGCGGUUGCUCGGCUCGUCGUCGGGCAAGUUAGCCGGGUUCCCGGGGGCCAAACGCAGCGUGUCGACGGCGAGCGCGCUGUCGCCGCUGCGCGAGGCGGGGGCGAGCGCGGACGAGGCAGAUGUGUCGGGUGCCUCGCCCGUGGGCACACAGCGUAUGCCGCUCGCCCCCGCUCCGGGCGCGCUCAACGCCGCCCUUCCGCUGUUCGGCGGGAUCAACGCCGACACGUUCAACGCGAGCGUGGCGGUGAAGAAGGCGUUCCCACGGCCGAGUGCCGGUGGGCCCGGGCCGAUUCGUCGACGUACGCGCACCAGCGUCGCCGUCGCCGCACUGGGCCAUCCCUCACUAGCCGCCCCCGCCCCCGCAGCGGCGAUGGGUAGGGUGCCUGGGCAGAGUGGGGUGGGAGACAGGGUCAAGGCCACGCGCGUAGUCGCACCCGCCAUGCGUGCGUCGUCGUCACUAUUCAGCUAG